AACUUAGAGUGCCCGCAUACGCCACCCUGGUCAAUUUUGUUUGGGAGAGGGACAGACAGAGGAGUCAUUAAUUUUAAACAAAGGACCACGCUUCAGGACAUUCAUCCCGGAUCGGACAAAGCCGCGACUCGCUUUCUCCAGGGCCGAGUGAAAGUUUCUCGCCUUGUCGCAGUUUAACAUCCGAAGCGACCAGACAUGAACAAGCGCAACCAUAUCCGUCUGCCGCCAGAGGUAAAUCGUCUGCUGUACGUGCGCAACCUGCCGUACAAAAUCACCUCGGACGAGAUGUACGACAUAUUCGGAAAAUUCGGGGCCAUUCGACAAAUACGCGUGGGCAACACUCCGGAAACGCGCGGCACCGCCUUUGUCGUCUACGAGGACAUUUUCGAUGCCAAGAACGCCUGCGACCAUUUAUCCGGCUUCAAUGUGUGCAAUCGCUAUCUGGUGGUGCUCUACUACCAAUCCAACAAGGCCUUCAAGCGCGUGGACAUGGACAAGAAGCAGGAGGAGCUGAACAACAUCAAGGCCAAAUACAAUCUGAAGACGCCGGAGGCUCCUUAGAACCCCCUGACGACGCGGCAGGCGGGGAUGGGCCGGAUCGGCAUGAUGGGCCCCACCAGCUGACGCCCCACUUCCACCAACCAUUUUCCAUUGUUUAGAGAACUUCUCGCUCUCCUUAUAUGUAUACCAAAUUUUUGCUAUCUACUUGUAGAUUUUUUUGAUCGCAUUUUGUAUCAUUUGAAUCUAAUCAUUAUCAUCCAUCCAUCACUCCAUCUAUCAUAUGAACGGCCGGAGAUCUCGCAACCAUUUGCGGUUCGUAUACGGCUGUUUGCAAUCAUUUGACGACAUAAAGACACUCUCUCAUCAAAAUAACAAGCAAGUUAAAGUAAAAAUAAAAAAAAAAUCGCAAACACUA